CGCCCCUGCUCCUAAGCGGUCAAAUCCUGCGCUUGUACCGUAUCAUUUUUGUUGUUGCGCGGCCCGACGCAACACCCAACACAUUUUUAGCAUAUCAUUAAAAUUAAACCGUCGGCUAUGAUAGUGCUAUGUCAGUGAGCUUUAAGUUCAGUGGAAUAAAGACUAAAACAUGACGUGCUCUAGAGUUUUUGUGCUUCUGUGUUUGUGUGUUGAUUGGACUGUUAAUGCACAGUUUGGGAGUAUGACACUGAACGUGAAUUUCGACGGGUCAAGCAACGAAAAUUCGGAAAACAUUAAAGGUCCAUGUCCGCCCUACACGUCUUGCAUGCCCAUCAGUACCUGCCCUAUGCUAGAGGACCUGUUCGACUUUUCGUGCUUUUCAUCAGACAGGUACUUCCAUCGCCUAAACGAGCUGACCUGUGGCCAUGCAAACAGUGAGGACUACGUCUGCUGCCCGUCCUGCGAGUGUGACAAGAUCUACAAGGAGGGCGCGGAGAAGUGUGGCCAGAGCAUGGUCAGGGGCAUCAACUACAACGGGCUUGGGGCACACCCUUGGGUGGCUAGAAUUGGUUUCAAACACAAAGACACGGGAAAUGUGAAAUUUGCCUGCAGUGGUUCUAUUAUUUCAAAGAAAGUGGUGUUAACGGCCGCUCACUGCGCCCUCGCGGAAUUUGAAGACUAUAAUCAAGUGUCAACGGUGGUGGUCGGAGAAUGGGACUACGCCAAGAGUAUCGACUGCAACGAAUACUUCUGCGCGCCCCCGACCCAAGCCAUCAAGGUGGCGUCGGUGGUGCGCCACCCAGGGUACGAGCAGAAGGUAUUCCGGCAUGACAUAGCGCUGAUCGUGCUGAAGAAGGAUAUCAAGUUUUCUGUGACAGCAGCACCUGUAUGCUUGACCAGUAAUCCGGAGGUGGUUUUAAACGAGCGAGCUUUGCUGGUCGGCUGGGGGACGCUUUAUGGACAGACCAAUGUGGUGAGCCGCCAACAGCUUCUCGAAGUUCCCUUGGUCUCCCUAGAGGUGUGCGACCGCAUCUUCGGAAAAUCCGUAACAAUACACGAGGGACAGUUAUGCGCGGGCGGCGAGGAAGGGAAGGACGCCUGCUCGAGCUUCGGAGGAUCACCACUAAUGGUUAUGAGGAACGGGAGCUAUGUGCAGGUCGGCAUUGUAUCUUUCGGCUCUGAGAACUGCGGCAGCGAGGGAGUGCCCAGCGUGUAUAUCAACGUCGCGCACUACUACAAGUGGAUCGUUGACAACUCGCCUUCAUAACUUGCCCCGUAUCUUAGAGGAUUUGUCACACUUGAUCAUCAUCAUCAUCAUCAUCAUCUCAGCCAUAGGACGUCCACUGCUGAACAUAGGCCUCCCCCAAUGCUUUCCAUGUUGCCCGGUUGGUAGCGGCCUGCGUCCAGCGCCUUCCUGCUAAAGCCUCGUCCGUGAGCACGUAGAAUCCUGUCCAAUGACCCCACGCUACCCAUCCCUAUCGCUCGCGCGUAAUUAUGUUACUGUCGCGACUGUGCGACGGGCGCCCGCAGUGAGUGUGCGAGCGCGACAGCAACAUAAUUACGCGCGUGCGAUAGGGAUGGGUAGCUUGGGGUCAUUGGACGGGAUUCUACGUGCUCACGGACCAGGCUUUACCUUUAUGAUGUCGGACACACUGGAUGCGGCCCGUAUAUUGUAUGAUUACUUUGACCAAUGGGCUUAGUGUGAGUUUACAUCAAACGUCGUCACUAGCGAGCGCGUAAAAAAUAUAUAAGAUUUUAGUUAUUGAUAGUUUCGGGGCGCUGUACAAUCCGUCAUACAUACAUUUAAUGCCACUUUUUUACGCAAAGUCGACAUCAAUGAGGAUUUUCGCGAAUGAAAGAUCCGCUAGAUAGCGGGACGUGGAUGUGGGGUCUGACUGCUGCGUGAUUGGUGGAUUUUGACAUAUCUGUCAAUGUCAUGUCAAAAAUAACCAAUCAUGCAGCAUUUGGACCUCGCGUCUACGUAUUGCCAUCUGGCGGAUUUUUCAUUCGCGAAAACCCUCAUUGCGUUUGACGUAAACUCUACAACCCCUGACCACAGACAGCGUCCAGUGUGGCAAAUCCUUAAAGGUUACCCUAGUCGAAACUACAAAAAUAAA